AUGCUCAUGCUUUCGGGCUCCUUCGCCGCCCGUGUUUUGCAAACCGUUCAGAGCCCAUCUGAAGCACCGCUGCGCAACCCCAGCUGCCGUUUGGUGCGUGGGCUCUGGGAAACAGCCAAGCGCUUAUGGACUGGCACCUGGCGGUUUGUGGAGAGAAAGAGACGCUGUGAGCCUUGCUAGCGCAUGGUGGGUGGAAAGGGGGGGGGGUUUGCCACUGAGAUGCUUUGCUGUCAAUGCGUUACAUAACAGGCCCAGUUAAUUAGUGUUGCCUCCGCCAAUUAAAUGCUCAAUUUACCAAUUUGAAAACCUCUGGGGGUUUUUUUCUGCACUUUCUCAGACGCAAACCGGUGUGGUUUUCUGGGUUCCUGUCGCAUCUAGCCAAACCCCUUUCUUCUUCUUCUUCUUCUUCUUCUUCUUCUUCUUCUUCUCCUCCUCCUCCUUCUCCUUCUCCUUCUCCUUCUCCUUCUUCUUCUUCUCUUCUUCUUUGGCGAUCCCUCAUAGCCGAGUAAGAUUGUCUUCCAUAAACACGGUUUUAACAGUGAGUCCGUAAGUGACUGUGGAGGAAUUCUGGAUCCACACGUCCUUCCACAGUGGGGAAAUUGGUUCCCGGGCGGGAGUUGAUCACGGUGUGGAUUUGUUAGGAGAUCAUCCUACACUCGAGUAGGACCCUGGCAGAGACACAUGCCCGACUGUCAUGUUCUCUCCCUCCUGGCCGAUCGUUCGGGAGCUUCAAAAGCUUUCUUCAGCCCGAACAUCACAGCGACCGAUGCCAACAGACAUCAGCACACUUAGGGAUCCGCAGAGUCUUCGCAGUUCGCGUGACAGACCUCAGCAACUCAGCAUUUUGGCUAAGCUACUUUUUUUUAUGGGACGCGGGUGGCGCUGUGGGUUAAACCACAGAGCCUAGGACUUGCUGAUCAGAAGGUUGGUGGUUUGCAUCCCCGCAAUGAUGGGGUGAGCUCCCGUUGCUCGGUCCCUGCUCCUGCCAACCUACCAGUUCGAAAGCACGUCGAAGUGCAAGUAGAUCAAUAGGCACCGCUCUGGCGGGAAGGUAAACGGCAUUUCCGUGCGCUGCUCUGGUUCGCCAGAAGUGGCUUAGUCCUGCUGGCCACAUGACCCGGAAGCUGUACGCCGGCUCCAUCGGCCAGUAAAGCAAGAUGAGCACCGCAACCCCAGAGUCGGCCACGACUGGACCUAAUGGUCAGGGGUCCCUUUACCUUUACCUUUACUCUAUUUACAUAUAAACACACACGGAGCACUGCAAGAUGGCUCCCUCUCUCUCUCUAGCAUCAGACAGCAAAGAGAAAAAGAACAAAGGACAAUAGUCCCACUUCACGGAACACAGGAACACAAACAUCCUGUCUCCGUCACUUUCCAAUCUGUGGAGUCAAAACAUAUGUGAAAGACAACAAUCCCAUGACUGCAAUCACGGAGCAGGAAUUCUAACAGCCUUUCUCUUAGCACGUCCUGAGUUCAAGCGUCUUCAAAGCUCAUGACACCUUUGGUAAAGGCUGUUCUUCAACUGGAGCGCUUGCAGGCCAGUGUUUCCCAAUUGUUGGCAUUUAUACUACAUUUUUUUAUUUGCCUUGAGACAGUCUUUAAACCUCUUUUGUCGACCACCAGCAUUACGCUUUCCAUUUUUAAAUUUGGAAUAGAGUAGUUGCUUUGGAAGGCGAUCAUCAGGCAUCCGCACAGCAUGACCAGUCCAGAGUUUUUUGGAUUUGCUAUCCCGCCUUUCACUCCCCUUCAGGAGUCUCAAAGCGGCUAACAUUCUCCUUUCCCUUCCUCCCCCACAACAAACACUCUGUGAGGUGAGUGGGGCUGAGAGACUUCAGAGAAGUGUGACUGGCCCAAGGUCACCCAGCAGCUGCAGGUGGAGGAGCGGAGACGCAAACCCGGUUCCCCAGAUUACGAGUCCACUGCUCUUAACCACUACACCACACUGGCUCUCAAGCGAAGUUGAUGUUGAAGAAUCAUUGCAAAACAAUAAUUACCAUGUGGUUAGGGUAGAUCAACGUGUCUGUGUCCACUUAUCCCCAGUGUAAAUAUGACAUAUCGGCAAAAGUCGGAAUCUGAAUGAUAACUAUAGCAUGUACACAAAAAAUCAAUUUCAGAUUUGGAAUCAGCAUUGAAAGAACAUAUAAGAACAGUUGGAAAAUCUCAUGCAAAAGAAAAUGAAAAUUUUUUUGUUCCUCAGUAUGGUCUGAAGCUCAGUAUCAAAAAAACGAAGAUCAUGGCCACUGGUCCCAUCACCUCCUGGCAAAUAGAAGGGGAAGAAAUGGAGGCAGUGAGAGAUUUUACCUUCUUGGGCUCCAUGACUGCUGCAGAUGGUGACAGCAGUCACGAAAUUAAAAGACGCCUGCUUCUUGGGAGGAAAGCAAUGACAAACCUAGACAGCAUCUUAAAAAGCAGAGACAUCACCUUGCCGACAAAGGUCCGUAUAGUUAAAGCUAUGGUUUUCCCAGUAGUGAUGUAUUUAAGUGAAAGCUGGAUCAUAAAGAAGACUGAUCGCCGAAGAAUGGAUGCGUUUGAAUUCUGGUGCUGGAGGAGACUCUUGAGAGACCCAUGGACUGCAAGAAGAUCAAACCUCUCCAUUCUGAAGGAAAUCAGCCCUGAGUGCUCACUGGAAGGACAGAUCCUGAAGCUGAGGCUCCAAGACUUUGGCCACCUCCUGAGAAGAGAAGACUCCCUGGAAAAUACCCUGAUGUUGGGAAAGAUGGAGGGCACAAGGUGAAGCGGACGUCAGAGGACAAGAUGGUGGCACAGUGUUCUCGAAGCUACCAGCUUGAGUUUGACCAAAGUGCGGGAGGCAGCGGAAGACAGGAGUGCCCGGCGUGCUCUGGUCCAGGGGGCCACGAAGAGGCGGACACAGCUAAACGACUAAACAACAACAAAUACUGUGUAUCCCAAGGGAAUACAUUUUUUUUGCAUACCUCCAACUGUACAUAGAUAUACAUGUUAUUUUCAAUGCCAUACAUGUCAUGUUCAGUGCUAUAUAAGUCACUUACAUUUAUACUCAUAUUGAAUAAAAUAUUGAAUUCUUGCAUUGGGAAAAACAAAGAUUGUGGUGAAAAGUGAAAAACAUGAACUGCAAAAAAACCCCUAGAGCUUACAGAACAAAACCAACUUCAGAUAUGAAAUCAGCACGUCGAAAUUAGUUUGGAACAUUUUGUUGCAGGUGUCAAAGCAACAAAAAUUUUGUUCCCCAGUCUAAGAGUCUUGCCCCCUUCAGGGUCAUAGCACUGUAGAUCUGAAUUUCUGGCAGACGGCUGCCUGACCUCUCUUUGAAAACCUCCACCAGGUGUCUGGAGUAGCCGAAAACAAGCUUGCUCCCAUCUUCCCUGUGUUAACUGACAACCCUUUGGAUAUUUGAAGGUGGCGUGGAGGAAACAGCAAGCUUGUUGUUUUUUCCUGCUCUGGAGGGCAGGACUCGAACCCGUGGCUUCAAGUUACAGGGACAGAGAUUCCGACUGAACAUCGAUUCAUGAUUCUAUAACUCUUCCAAUUAAGAUUUCUCUUCUUCUUUCAAAAAUUAAUCAGGAGGCGGUAGUGGGGUGUUCAAAAGCCUCCCGUGGACAUGAAGGGGGGGGGGAAACGCAGGUGACUCGUUUUAAUUAAGAAGGGCUCUAUUUUUAAUCUGCAAUCAAAGCCUUUUUAUUAGCUCAUCACACUGAUUAAGCAACAGGGAAGCUUUGAGGUUGUCGCUGCAACGCUUGGGGAUGUUUGGAUUAUUUUAAAAUGCUUUUGAAACACAGAAUCUUUAUAUCUUAUUAUGAUUUAUGUGGAAAUUGCUCAGUUUGGUUGCGUGUCUUUUUAUGUUUUAUUUAUUGUUUACGGCAACUUUUCUAAUAAAGUUUUAUUUCAUGUCGUAACUUUUUCAUGGUUCGAACUAUGGAAAGGACAAAUAAAAUUAUGCAUGCAUGUAUUUUAUUUAUGGCUGAUAUUCCACCUUUUUUUUCCUCCAAGGAGCUCAAAGUGGCGGGUUCGGUUCUCCCCCUCCUCAUUUAAUCUCUCCCCCCCCCCCACAACAACCCUGUGAGGUAGGCUGGCUUGAGAGGCAGGGAAUGGCCCAAGCUCACCUGAUUUAUUAUUUGUGUUUCAUAAAAUUUAUACACUCCCGGAUUGCAAAAACAACCCCGUCGUUUAGUGGUGUCCGCCUCUUCGUGACCCCCUGGACCAGAGCACGCCAGGCCCUCCUGUCUUCCACUGCCUCCCAAACUUUGGUCAAACUCAAGCUGGUAGCUUCGAGAACACUGUCCCACCAUCUCAUCCUCCGUCGUCCCCUUCUCCUUGUGCCCUCCAUCUUUCCCAACAUCAGGGUCUUUUCCAGGGAGUGUUCUCUUCUCAUGAGAUGGCCAAAGUCUUGGAGCCUCAGCUGCAGGAUCUGUCCUUCCAGUGAGCACUCAGGGCUGAUUUCCUUCAGAAUGGAGAGGUUGGAUCUUCUUGCAGUCCAUGGGACUCUCCAGAGUCUCCUCCAGCACCAGAAUUGAAAAGCAUCCAUUCUUCGGCGAUCAGCCUUCUUUAUGGUCCAGCUCUCACUUCCAUACAUCACUACUGGGGAAACCAUAGCUUUUACUAUAUGGACCUUUGUUGGCAAGGUGAUGUCUCUGCUUUUUAAGAUGCUCUCUAGAUUUGCCAUCGCCUUUCUCCCAAGAAGCAGGAGUCUUUUAAUUUUGUGGCUGCUGUCACCAUCUGCAGUGAUCAUGGAGCCCAAGAAAGUAAAAUCUCUCACUGCCUCCAUUUCUUCCCCUUCUAUUUGCCAGGAGGUGAUGGGACCAGUGGCCAUGAUCUUCGUUUUUUUGAUGUUGAGCUUCAGACCAUAUUUUGCACUCUCCUCUUUCACCCUCAUUAAAAGGUUCUUUAAUUCCUCCUCACUUUCUGCCAUCAGUGUUGUGUCAUCUGCAUAUCUGAGGUUGUUGAUAUUUCUUCUGGCAAUCUUAAUUCCAGCCCAGCCUUUCGCAUGAUGAAUUCUGCAUAUAAGUUAAAUAAGCAGGGAGACAAUAUACAGCCUUGCCGUACUCCUUUCCCAAUUUUGAACCAAUCAGUUGUUCCAUAUUUGGUUCUAACUGUAGCUUCUUGUCUCACGUAGAGAUUUCUUAGGAGACAGAUGAGGCGAUCAGGCACUCCCAUUUCUUUAAGAACUUGCCAUAGUUUGCUGUGGUCGACACAGUCAAAGGCUUUUGCAUAGUCAAUGAAGCAGAAGUAGAUGUCUUCCUGGUACUCUCUAGCUUUUUCCAUAAUCCAGCACAUGUUUGCAAUUUGGUCUCUGGUUCCUCUGCUUCUUCUAAAUCCAGCUUGCACUUCUGGGAGUUCUUGGUCCACAUACUGCUUGAGCCUGCCUUGUAGAAUUUUAAGCAUAACCUUGCUAGCGUGUGAAAUGAGUGCAAUUGUGCGGUAGUUGGAGCAUUCUUUGGCACUGCCCUUCUUUGGGAUUGGGAUGUAGACUGAUCUUCUCCAAUCCUCUGGCCACUGCUGAGUUUUCCAAACUUGCUGGCAUAAUGAGUGUAGCACCUUAACAGCAUCAUCGUUUAAAAUUUUAAAUAGUUCAGCUGGAAUACCAUCGCUUCCACUGGCCUUGUUAUUUGCAGUGCUUUCUAAGGCCCAUUUGGCUUCACUCUCCAGGAUGUCUGGCUCAAGGUCAGCAACCACACUACCUGGGGUGUACGAGCCAUCCAUUUCUUUCUGGUAUAAUUCUUCUGUGUAUUCUUGCCACCUCUUCUUGAUGUCUUCUGCUUCUGUUAGGUCCUUACCAUCUUUUGCAAAUCUCCACCCAGCAGUGGGGCUGGAGCCCCCUUUUAAAUGUGGACCCCCUGGGUUUCUCGCCCUCCCAUCAAUGCCACCACUGUCUGCCCCCCAAAACCCCUGUUUUUUGCAAGGAUCUCAGUCAUCUGCCUCAUUACUCACCUUUUAUGGCUUCCCAGCUGUUUUCAGAGGUGACUAACAUAAAGCUCUGGAGGAAAUAGACAUAUCCCAGUGUGGGCAGCUGGGCCUCCUGUUUAAGAACCUUUUUUUAAAAAAGUAAAUAAAAUAAAUCCUUUGUCAAUGUAGUGACAAUCCCUUGGAAGGGAAAGCUCUGCAGAUUUUUGCUCCGCAUUGUGUUUUGCAUAAUAUAUUCUGCUAUUCCACCGCCCAACAUCUCCCGUCCUUCCAGAGGUUAUGCAGAGGCUGAACUAACUCUCUCUCUCUCUCUCUCUCUCUCUCUCUCUCUCUCUCCAAUUCAAAUCUCAUUUAUUCGCCCUUCUGUGACUUGGGAGAUCUCACCUGCUUUCUUAGCGUAUCUGUUCAACUAGCCCCUUGGUGCCUUAAAAAAAAAAAGAAUAAUGGAAUUGUAGAUGGAAGGGACCACGAAGGUCAUCCAGUCCAACCCCCUGGGAUGCAGGAAUCUUUUUCCCUACGUGCAUCUCGAACCCAAGACCCUGAGAUUAAGAGUCUCAUGCUCUCCUAUAUAUUUAUUUCUCUGGAAGCUGAAUGCUAUACUUUACCUGUGGUGUAAACAAAACCCUGGCCUUUAACUUAUUUUUCUUUUUAAAAAAUGAUUUAAAUACAGUCAGUGCUUUUUUUUCUAGGGGUAUGCAGACCCCUAAACAUUUUGUGAAUCUUUGUGCUUUUGUCCAUUUACUGUAUUUACUGAUUUUAACUACAAAAUGGUGGUUUUAUUGAGUCAAAAUGAGAGUACCCCUAAACAUUUUUAAAGAAAAAAAGCACUGAGUUGUAAUAAUAAUAAUAAUAAUAAUAAUAAUAAUAAUUUAUACCCGUUUCCUCAGCCACUCUGGACAGCUUCCAAUAGAAUAUUAAAAUACAAUAAUCUAUUAAACAUUAAAAGCUUCCCUAAACAGGGCUGAAAAUCUGUAUUACAGUGGUACCUCGGGUUAAGUACUUAAUUCAUUCCGGAUGUCUGUUCUUAACCUGAAACUGUUCUUAACCUGAAGCACCACUUUAGCUAAUGGGGCCUCCCGCUGCUGCCGAUUUCUGUUCUCAUCCUGAAGCAAAGUUCUUAACCUGAGGCACUAUUUCUGGGUUAGCGGAGUCUGUAACCUGAAGCGUAUGUAACCCGAGGUACCACUGUACAUUCUUAGACUGCAAUUACAUUUCCUUAAUUUCUGAAAUACAGAAAUUCAGUGCUUUCUGGACUGGUAGCCCAUGGGGUCAUGAAGAGUCGGACACGACUAAACGACUAAACAACAACAGCAGCCCUGCCUCAUAAUCCCAGGAGACUAGUCACGUUGGCCUGUCUCUCGGGUCAGAGGUGGUAAUGUUUUGGCGGUAGACUGCGGAACUCCUUGCCACCAACCUGGAUGGUGCGAAAAGAGGUUCAUGAAGGGGAGAGGGCUAUCGGUGGCCGUUAGCCAUGUUGGCCGUGCUCUGCUUACAACGCCAGUUGUUGGAAACCACAGGAGGGGAGAGUGUCGGUCUUGUGUUUGAAUCCUGCUUGCGGGUUCCUCAGCUGGUCGGCCCCUGUGAGCUCAGGACGCUGGACCUGAUGGGCCACCGCACUGAUCCUGCUGUGCUCGUCGGAUGUUCUCAAGCUCUUUGGCAAUCCCUAGUAGCCGAGUAAGAUUGUCUCCCAUAAACACAGUUUUAACAAUGAGUCCGUAAGUGACUGUGGAGGCCAAUUCUGGAUCCACACAUCCUUCCACAGUGGGGACAUUGGUUUCUGGAUGGGAGUUGAUCAUGGUGUGGAUUUGCCAAGUGUACCUUCCUUUGAGCGCGUUUCUCCCUUUUGUCCUGAGUUCGAGUGUCUUCAAAGCCCACAACACCUUUGGUAAAGGCUGUUCUCCAACUGGAGCACUCGCAGGCCAGUGUUUCCCAAUUGUCAGUGUUUAUACUACAUUUUUAAAGAUUUGCCUUGAGAGGGUCUUUCAACCUCUUUUGUUGACCACCAGCAUUACGCUUUCCAUUUCUAAGUUCAGAAUAGAGUAGUUGCUUUGGAAGGCGAUCAUCAGGCAUCUUCACAACAUGACCAGUCCAGCGAAGUUGAUAUUGAAGAAUCAUUGCUCCAACACUGGUGAUCUUUGCUUCUUCCAGUACACUGAUAUUAGUUCACCUGUCUUCCCAAGUGAUGUGUAAAAUUUUUGGAGACUCUGUUGAUGGAAUCUUUCAAAGAGUUGGAGAUGGCGUUUAUAAGACCUCCAUUGGCUCCCAGUACGUUUCCGAGCACAAUUCAAAGUGUUGGUGCUGACCUUGAAAGCCCUAAAUGGCCUAAAAGGCCAAGUAUACUUGAAGGAGCGUCUCCACCCCCAUCGUCCAGCCCGGACACUGAGGUCCAGCUCCGAGGGCCUUCUGGUGGUUCCCUCACUGCGAGAAGCCAAGUUACAGGGAACCAGGCACAGGGCCUUCUCGGUAGUGGCCCCCGCCCUGUGGAACGCCCUCCCACCAGAUGUCAAAGAGAAAAAUAACUACCAAACUUUUAGAAGACAUCUGAAGGCGGGCCUGUUUAGGGAAGCUUUUUAUGUUUGAUGUGUUACAGUAUUUUAAUAUUUUUUUGGAAGCCUCGCAGAGUGGCUGGGGAAACCCAGCCAGAUGGGCGGGGUAUAAAUAAUAAAUAAUGAAUUAUUAUUAGUAUUAUUAACCUGAAACUGUUCUUAACCUGAGGUACCACUUUAGCUAAUGGGGCCUCCUGCUGCUGCCGCGCGAUUUCUGUUCUCAUCCUGAAGCAAAGUUCUUAACCUGAGGUACUAUUUCUGGGUUAGCGGAGUCUGUAACCUGAAGCGUAUGUAACCCAAGGUUGUUGUUGUUGUUUAGUCAUUUAGUCGUGUCCGCCUCUUCGUGACCCCCUGGAGUGGAGCACGCCAGGCACUCCUGUCUUCCACUGCCUCCUGCAGUUUGGUCAAACUCAUGCUGGUAGCUUCAAGAACACUGUCCAACCAUCUUGUCCUCCAUCGUCCCCUUCUCCUUGUGCCCUCCAUCUUUCCCAACAUCAGGGUCUUUUCCAGGGAGUCUUCUCUUCUCAUGAGGUGGCCAAAGUACUGGAGCCUCAGCUUCAGGAUCUGUCCUUCCAGUGAGCACUCAGGGCUGAUUUCCUUCAGAAUGGAGAGGUUGGAUCUUCUUGCAGUCCAUGGGACUCUCCAGAGUCUCCUCCAGCACCAGAAUUCAAAAGCAUCAAUUCUUCGGCGAUCAGCCUUCUUGAUGGUCCAGCUCUCACUUCCAUACAUCACUACUGGGAAAACCAGAGCUUUAGCUAUACGGACCUUUGUCGGCAAGGUGAUGUCUCUGCUUUUUAAGAUGCUGUCUAGGUUGGUCAUUGCUUUUCUCCCAAGAAGCAGGCGUCUUUUAAUUUCGUGACUGCUGUCACCAUCUGCAGUGAUCAUGGAGCCCAAGAAAGUAAAAUCUCUCACUGCCUCCAUUUCUUCCUCUUCUAUUUGCCAGGAGGUGAUGGGAACAGUGGCCAUGAUCUUCGUUCAACUGUACAAUAGCUUUGUAAACGAGCAUUUUGGUUUCCCUGCGAAUGUCCCGGUCCUCAAACACUCUGCGCUUCCGUCGGGAGAAAGGCGCCCUCGCAGGCCUUUUUGCUGAGCCUGUAAUCUCACCCAGGGCCUGCCCACUCCAGGGCGGAGGCUCCACCUGUUUCUGUCUGCCUCCUGCCUCACACCUGUCCCGCCCCAGGUGAGUUCCCUCCGCCCCAGGGAGGAGCUUCCGACACCCAGCAGACUUGGGACGGCCAGGAGGAGAAGCAGGCAGAAAGAAAGAAAGAACGGACGGACGGAAGAAAGUAAGAAAGAUCCGGAGAGGAGAGGAAAUCGCCACAGGUUCCUCCAUCCAGGUGAGCGCCCAAGGAGCGAGGGAUUGUGGGGCAGCAGGUAAGAUUGCCCCUUUCCUAAUGGGGAAACCUUUGCCCCCUUACCUGUCUGACUCGCUUACGCCCCUCCCUUAUCUCCGGUUGGUUCUGUCUAUCACCUACUUUUUCUUCUUCCUCUUUUUCUCUUGAUCUUUCUCUCCUUCCCCACCCACGCUGAGUUCUGCACAUUCAUCUCUAUCCUCCUUACUGACCCACUUAUAUCAGCUUCCUCCUCGGAGAUGGUUUCUUUGACCCCCUUUCCUCCUUAUCUCUCUCUCUUAUAGAAUCCUAGAAUUGUAAAGUCGGAAAGGGACCCUCAGAGGUCAUCCAUCCCAACCCCACUUCAAUGCAGGAAUCUCAACACCCAGGAAAUCCCCAUUCCCGACUUUUUGCUCACCUGAACAGACGGCCGGCUUGCCCCCCGGGGAAUAGGAGGAGGAUCGUUAAUAGGGAAAAUUAAUGUCUGGGUCUUAAUGCAAGACUUAGACUUCCUGGCAUCACUCAUGGGUUAUUCCUGAGAGCGACACCCCAACUUUGAAGCACCCGGCCGCUGCAGGUUACAAGAGCCCAUUUAAGUUGCUAUAUCAUCAUCCUCCCAAACCCACACACCCUUGGAGACGAAAUUUUCUGGGGCGACGGUUGCUCAUGUUCCCAUUUCGCAGACGGAGGGAGGGAACUGAGGCAGGCAGGUAGCAGCACGCAGCAGGCAGGCCAGAAUCAUGUGUCAUAAGCGCAGAAGACGAGGCUGCUGGGUCAGGCUGAGGGGGGAGGCCUAGUUAGCCCAGUAUCCUGUUCUCGCAGCAGCCAAGCAGAGACACGCAACCAGAACAUGAGAGCAACAUCAGUGCUCUCCCCAGCAUUCAGAGCUUAAAACACAGCCGUCGUGGCAGGUGGCCGCGGCUAGGCUCAUCCUCUUUUAGAGAGCCACCCAAGUUGGCUCAACGGGUCUGUGCGUCUGGCUGUUAAGCAAAAGGUUGGUGGUUCGAUCCCGCCCAGGGGACAGGAUCCCAUCAUUGCACGGGGUUAGACUAGAUGGCCGUUGGGGGUCCCAACUCUACAAUUCAGUGGUUCUGUGUUUCUAAGAGGGCAGCUGUCUCUUGAGGCAGCGAGUUCCACAGUUUAAUAAUAGUAAUAAUAAUAAUAAUAAUUUAUUAUUUAUACCUGGCCCAUGUGGCUGGGUUUCCCUAGCCACUCUGGGCAGCUUCCCAAAAAUUAUUAAAAUAAAAUGUUUAAUAAUGUUUAAUAUCUAUUAAACAUUAAAAGCAUCCCUAAACAGGGCUGCCUUCAGAUGUCUUCUAAAAGUCAGAUAGUUGUUUAUUUCCUUGACAUCCAAUGGGAGGGUGUUCCACAGGGAGGGCGCCACCACCGAGAAGGCCCUGUGCCUGGUUCCCUGUAACAUCACUUCUCGCAGGGAGGGAACCCCCAAAAGGCCCUCGGAGCUGGACCUCAGUGUCCGGGCAGAACGAUGGGGGUGGAGAUGCUCCUUCAGGUCUCCUGGGUCUUUGAGGCCGUUUAGGGCUUUAAAGGUCAGCACCAACACUUUGAAUUGUGCUCGGAAACGCUUAACUCUGAGCAGUGUGAAUAUAACGACUUCUGUCCACUCUGGAUUUCCCAGCCUUUCUUGGACAAACCUGCUGGGUUCCAGUACGAUGAGAGAUGGAGAAAAAACCCCUGCACGAUUCUGGUGUCUCUCUGUGACAUUCCCUGCAGGAUCAGGCCCCUGGCCCAUCCAGCCUGUUCUUAACAGAUCCUUCAGUUUGAAGCCAGCAAUCAGGAUCCUUGCACAAGAGCACUUGAUUUAAUUCAACCACAGGGAUCGCUAUAGACUCAAAGCACAUCGCCACACGCCUCACAGAAUUCUGGGCAAUGUAGUUUUACCCCUCACAGAGUUACAGCGCCCAGCAACCCUUAGCAAACUACAUUACCCAGAAUUCUUUGAGGGGGGGAAACAUACGCUUUAAAGUUACAGCCUCAUAAUUUGUAACCCAGACUCCUGGGAACAUUCCGUAGAUUCCUGCGUUUCAGGGGGUUGGGCUGGAUGACCUUUGGGAUCCCUUCUAACUUUACAGUUCUGUGAAGAUAAUCCUACUGUUUGCCCAGAUAUUCCUUUGACUAAAGAAAGAGAGAGUUUGGUGCCGGCUCAAACCUUGCCCUGCAAAUCUUACGCUCCCAGGACUGAUGUAUGCUUAUUUCGUCGAUUUGAAUUGCAUUGCGUUAGUGGGCAGAGCGUCAGACAAUAGAAGGAAUUAGAGUAACGUUUGCUAACCGUUUCACGGAUCUAAUUAACAAAGCUUUGGAAGGAAGAAGCCGGCUGUUUGCAAAUGCGGUGGAUGGAUAGAAAAGAAAGCGGGGAGCAUUUGCAAAACACUCCAGACCUGAAAUUGCAGAACCGUAGAAUUGUAGAGUUGAAAGGGGCACCCAGGGUUCAUCUAGACCAACCCGCUGCAACGCAGGAAUCGCAGCCGAGGAAUCUCUGGCCCUCCAACCUCUGCUCAAAAACUUCCGGUGGAGGAGAGUCCAAUGUCUUUAACCAAAUGCAAUCCCCACCCCACCAAAUAACACCCCACUGCCUUGCUUAAAAGGGGGGAAAAAUCAUGCAGUACGUGGCUAAACUAUUGCACCUGCAAAAAGAAAGAUCAGAGUAUUUGGGACUUCUUUUGUUUAGGGAGAAAGGAGGUAGAUAGUGUGAGAGAGUGAAUAGAGAAAGGUCUCUCUCCCUUUCUCAUAACACGGCAAAUCAUGGACACAUAAGGAAGCAGAAGGACUGGACAGAUUCAGGACAGAUAAACGAACCACAUCAUUCGGCGCAUGGUUAAACUGCGGAACUCCCUGCCACAGUAGGCAGGGACAGCCGCCAACUUGGAUGGCUUUAAAAGAGGACUGGAGAAAUUCCUGGAGGAGGAGAGGGCUAUUUAUGGCUACUAGCCAGGAUGCCUGUGACUCCACACCUGAAGGCUGCAAUGCUUUUGGGUACCAGUUGCUGGAAACUGCAGGAAGGGAGAGUGGGUCUUGAGUUCUAAUCUUGCAUUGCAGACUUUUUAUAUAUAUCAGGCAGGUAGAUCGUGGGGUGUUCCUGGUAGAUCCUGGUAGAUCUCUUUACAAAAAAGCAAAAAACGAACAAACUUUGUCUUACUAAAAAAAGCUCCACAACUUUGGGUAGAUCACUGCCCGUCUUUUUACGACAGGCAUAGGCAAACUCGGCCCUCCAGAUGUUUUGGGACUACAGCUCCCAUGAUCCCUAGCUAACAGGCCCAGUGGUCAGGGAUGAUGGGAACAGUAGUCCCAAAACAUCUGGAGGGCUGAGUUUGCCUAGGCCUGUUUAACAACAAUGAGUAGAUCGCAGUCUAUUGGGAGAUGGAAGUACCUGAUAUAAAUAUAUCCAUACGUUGACCAUCUAUCUGGGUUUUUCCAGCCACUCUUGGCAGCUUCCAACACAUAUAAAAACAUAAUAAAAUGUCAAACGUUAAAAGCUUCCCUAAACAGAGCUGCCUUCCGAUGUCUUCUAAAAGUCAAAUAGCUGUUUAUUUCCUUGACAUCUGGUGGGAGGGCGUUCCACAGGGCGGGCGCCACCACCGAGAAGGCCCACUGCCUGGUUCCCUGUAACCUCACUUCUCACAGGGAGGGAACCACCAAAAGGCCCUCAGAACUGGACCUCAGUUUCCAGGCUGGACGAUGGGGGUGGAGAUGCUCCUUCAGGUCUACUGGGCCUUUGAGGCCGUUUAGGGCUUUAAAAGUCAGCACCGACACUUUGAAUUGUGCUCAGAAACGUACUGGGAGCCAAUGCAGAUCUCUCAGGACCGGUGUUAUGUGGUCUCGGCGGCCGCUCCCAGUCCCCAGUCUGGCUGCUGCAUUCUGGAUUAAUUGCAGUUUCUGGGUCACCUUCAAAGGUAGCCCCACGUAGAGCACAUUGCAGUAGUCCAAGCAAGAGAUAACCAGAGCAUGCACCACUCUGGCAAGACAGUCUGCAGGCAGGGAAGGUCUCAUCCUGCGUACCAGGUGGAGCUGGCAGACAGCCACCCUGGACACAGAACUGACCUGUGCCUCCAUGGACAGCGGUGAGCCCAAAAUGACUCCCACGCUGCAAUUUAGGGAUCUAAAUCGAUCGUUCGGCCAUUAAGUUUCCGAGUCACCUUCAAAGGUAGCCCCACAUAGAGCGCAUGGCAGUAGUCCAAACGAAUCGGGACGCCCCCUUUGCCAGGAAUGCUUUUGAAACUAGGUAGUGAUGGGGGCUGGAAGGGGGCCAGAAACCACCCCUUGGCCAGCUUUGGGCCACUUUUAUUACGAUAAAAGCUAAAAUCAGUGAGAGGCAUUGUCGUCUGGUGGUUAGAGUGUGGGACAGGGACCGAGCGGGAGAGCUGGGUUCGAAUUCCGACUUGGCCACGAAGCUGACCUCAGCCCUUUGCUGCCUCUCAGCCUAAACUACCUCUCAGGGUUCUUGUUAGGGAGGGGAGAAAUCAUGUGUUCCACCACGGGCUCCUUUGAGAUAAAAGUUGUGAUUAAAAAAUGCAACCAAUAAAUAAAUAAACGAUAAUGGGAUCGGGGUCUGGGCAGCCUGCGGAUCUGUGAAGUUUGAGAAAGGUUUUAGCUUUUUAUGACUUUUGGGCGGCCGGCUUACGCUGAGUCCGCCGCCGCGCAUCUUGUCAAUAUUUGCUCACGGUUUGGACUUUGACGUUGCGGCACAGGGUGGGGCCACAGAGGUGCUUCGGACAGGAACUGGUUUGGACAACAGCAGGAGGGGGUGGGACAAGGAAGAUGGUCAGUAGCGGCUCAGAGGCGAGGAAGAGUCUUUGGAAAGAACCCAGGAGUCCUGCGUCCCCAGAAGACUCUCCAACGCUUCCCCUCUGUACUUCAAAGCCCAUUUUAAAAAUAAUAAUUUUUGCUAGGUGCCUUUAAGACCUGGGCGGCAGGUGGAUGUCCAACAGGUGAUGUUCCCCACCACCACAACCUCAGCACAGAGGUGCAUAAAUGCAUUGCAGCGGGUUGGACUAGAUGACCCCUAGGUUCCCUUCCAGCUCUUUGAUCUGUGAUCAGAAUGCUUCUUUGGCUGAAUUUUCCCCUUUCAGGGAACUGGGAAAGGGAUAACCCCCACUUUGGGGCGGGCGGGGUUAAUUUUGGGGGUCUGGAGGGCUGAUUCCCUGCACCCCCUCAUUUAUUUAUCGCAUUUGGAUCCUACUUUUCCCCCCGACCCGAAGAACUCAGAGUGGCGUGCGUGCUUCUCCCGCCCUUCAAGCGAUAUCUACAACGACCCUGUGAGGUAGGUUCUAGGCUGAGAGAGGCCUCCGAGGUCCCAGCCAGUGGGAAAGAUUCGCACCCAGGUCUCUCCCAGUCCGACACCCUAACCCAUGGGUAGGCAAACUAAGGCCCGGGGGCCAGAUCCGGCCCAAUCGCCUUCUCAAUCUGGCCCACGGACGGUCCGGGAAUCAGCGUGUUUUUGUGUGUGUGUUUUUUAAAAAAAUAUUAGUUUUUUAACAUACCAUUUCUAACAGUAAUUAAACAUACUUUUACAUCUUAAUCAAUUUUUUUUUACUUACAUCAGUCCUGUCUGAAAAUUUUCCAAUCUAAUCUCUUGGUAUGCAUUCCUUACUUUCCCUCUUACAUUUAAAACUCAUAACCAAUCUUUUUAGCACUUCGGAUAUUUCUCCUUACAAAACUUCUUGUAGUCCUACUAGCGUAAUUUGUUGGUUACAAUUGCUCUUCAAAUAGUUCAUAUACUCCUUCCGAUCUUCUGUGAAUCUCUGGUCCCGCAGGUUUCGAAUCCUUCCUCUCAUUUUGUGCAAUUCUGCACAGUCCAUUAAUUUUGUCUGCCAGUUCUGGGAAUCAGCAUGUUUUUAAAUGAGCAGAAUGUGUCCUUUUAUUUAAAAUGCAUCUCUGGGUUAUUUGUGGGGCCUGCCUGGUGUUUUUGCAUGAGUAGAAUGUGUGUUUUUAUUUAAAAUGCAUCUCUGGGUUAUUUGUGGGGCAUAGGAAUUCAUCUUUUUUUCUUUAGCAAAACAUAGUCUGGCCCCCUGCAAGUUCUGAGGGACAGUGGACCGGCCCCCUGCUGAAAAAGUUUGCUGAUGCCUCCUCCUAACUUCUAUGCUAUUCCCUUCUCUUCUGCUGCCCCCCACAGCCUGAGCCCUGGCUCCCAUAGUAAUAAUAAUAAUAAUAAUUAUUAUUAUUAUUAUUAUUUAUUAUUUAUACCCCGCCCAUCUGGCUGGGUUUCCCCAGCCACUCUGGGCAGCUUCCAACAAAACACUAAAAUACAAUAACCUAUUAAACAUUAAAAGCUUCCCUAAACAGGGCUGCCUUCAGAUGUCUUCUAAAAGUUUGGUAGUUAUUUUUCUCUUUGACAUCUGGUGGAAGGGCGUUCCACAGGGCGGGCGCCACCACCGAGAAGGCCUUCUGCCUGGUUCCCUGUAACUUGGCUUCUCGCAAUGAGGGAACCGCCAGAAGGCCCUCGGAGCUGGACCUCAAUGUCCGGGCAGAACGAUGGGGGUGGAGACGCUCCUUCAGGUCUACUGGGCCUUUGAGGCCGUUUAGGGCUUUCAAGGUCAGCACCAACACUUUGAAUUGUGCUCAGAAACGUACUGGGACCCAGUGUAGGUCUUUCAAGACCGGUGUUAUGUGGUCUUGGCAGCCGCCCCCAGUCACUAGUCUAGCUGCCGCAUUCUGGAUUAAUUGUAGUUUCCGGGUCACCUUCAAAGGCAGCCCCACGUAGAGCGCAUUGCAAUAGUCCAAGUGGGAGAUAACCAGAGCAUGCGCCACUCCGGCGAGACAGACAGCGGGCAGGGAGGGUCUCAUCCUGCGUACCAGAUGGAGGUGGUAGACAGCUGCCCUGGACACAGAACUGACCUGCACCUCCAUUGACAGCGGUGAGUCCAAAAUGACUCCCAGGCUGCACAUCUGGUCCUUCGGGGGCACAGUUGCCCCAUUCAGGACCAGGGAGUCCCCCCCCCCAAAAAAAUAGUACCUCUGUCUUGUCAGGAUUCAACCUCAAUCUGUUAGCUGCCAUCCAUAGGACACAGCUCCCUUGCCCCAAUGUUUAUUUUGGGGUGUCUGAACCUGCUGACACCUCGUUUUCUUCUCCAGCUGACUCUGAUUGUCUCGCCUGCAGAUGAGCAAGGGUUUUCUGCCAUUCCCGGCUGAUCUGGAAACACCCAAGUUAGAAAAAGGAAAGGGAAACCCCCCCAGGGCGAGUCGAGCUUCCCAGGUUCGCCCCUCGCCUGCGAGGAACCCAGGAGUCCGGGUGUCUCCCCAGCAGCCUGGGAGGCUGACCCCUCCUGUCUCGCCGGCUGAAAUCCUCCCCCAGCAGGAACAGGUUUGGCCAGGUUGAACCGCUCUUGGCGGUUCAGAUUCUCUUCCUUCUCUUCACACACACGCCGGUAAAGAGGUCAGGCAGUCAUCACACAGGUGCAGCUGGUCUUAGGGGCCCUGGGUCGCCGGGUCAGAGGGACCAGUUUUCGGGAACGCAGCCGGGCGGCAAGGGGAAAUUCGGCAGGGAGGCGUCGCUUAGCGCAGGCCUAGGCAAACUCAGCCCUCCAGAUGUUUCGGGACUACUGUUCCCAUCAUCCCUGACCACCGGUCCUGUUAGCUAGGGAUCAUGGGAGUUGUAGUCCCAAAACAUCUGGAGGGCUGAGUUUGCCUAGGCCUGGCUUAGCGCUUGCUUCUACACCUGUUGAAUUUCUGGCUGCCAUUCACCCGUGGUCUUAGGGCAGGCUUCCUCAAACUCAGCCCUCCAGAUGUUUUGAGACUACAAUUCCCAUCAUCCUUGACCACUGGGCCUGUUAGCUAGGGAUCAUGGGAGUUGUAGUCCCAAAACAUCUGGAGGGCCAAGUUUGCCUAUGCCUUGUUCAUGAGAAUAAGGAUUUUAUUUUCUGGGAUUCGUCAGAUGCAAUUCCUGUGUUUCCAGGGGGCUGGAUUCAAACGAUGACUCUCUCGGGGUCCCUUCCAACUCUGUAAUUAUAUGAUUUCCGCCCCAAAAGAAUGAAGGUGGAUAUCAGUUGCGAGUUUGAAUGGCGGCAGUCGGAAUUUGCUUUCGAUGCAGCUGACCUGAAUCUUUAAUCCAUUCUGCCUAGGGAGGAGGAAUUAACCCAGUGACUCUUUACAGAUCAAUCAGCUGGAUUUAGGCCACAGGCUGAGAGCAAACUCACUGCAGGAAAUGAUGACUCGAGUGAGUGAGUCAAGCUACACACUCAGUAGGAGGAGGUCCAAAUGGAUUUUUAAAAACCCAAGGUGGCUGACCAGGAAAAAAGACCCUGUGAUGAAGGCAGAUUCCAUGCCAGGGAUCAUUAGGAAAAUAAUUGAGAAUUAAUCUGCCAAUAUCGUAAGGGUGGCCGGACUUGAAAUACUGUCUACCGUUCUGGUUGCCUCACACCAGAAAGAAUAUUGUAGCAUUGGGAAAGGGUUUAAUUCCCUCAGGCUUCCUCAACUCCACCAGGCUGCGCCUGGACAGCACCAGCCAGUUGAUACAAGAACAACUGUCUAGAAAUUGGCAUCUGCGCUUUGUUUUUCCUCUUCCCUCCCUGUCCCUUUUUCCUUGUGUGCCGUGUCUCUUUUCAGACUGUCUUGUUUCGAUUGCACGUAAGCAGCAAUUUUUUGGCACUAAUCCUCUAAAUAACCAAACAAUAGUGUACUUUUGCCCAUCUUUAAAUUGAGAUUUUUAUUUUUAUUUUUUUGCUAAUCACCGGGUCCUGUUUAAAAACCCCACCAGGUGCUGCCAUGGCGCCAGACGAUGGCACCGACUGGCUGCUCCAGUUGCUGUCCGAAAUCCAGCUGGAGCAGUUUUACGGCAAAAUCCGCAACGAGCUCCACGUCACCCGUCCGGGACAUUUCGAUUACGUCAAGCCCGCGGAUCUGGAACGCAUUGGCAUGGGGCGCCCAGGUAGUUCCUGUGUGAUGGUACAACAGGGUUUAUUUUUGGGAGGGGGCGUUUUGCUGAGGCUGCUUGGGGUGGUGAUGUCACCGCGGGAAGUCCGUGGUGAUGUCAUGGUGGUAGCACUUGGAGACGGAGGUUAAUUGGGAGACAGGAAUGAAGGCAUUCUGAACACCUCAGGCAGUUCAUGGGUGGGCAAACUAAGGCCCGGGGGCCGGAUCUGGCCCAAUCGCCUUCUAAAUCCAGCCCACAGAUGGUCUGGGAAUCAGUGUGUUUUUACAUGAGUAGAAUGUGUGCUUUUAUUUCAAAUGCAUCUCUGGGUUAUUUGUGGGGCAUAGGAAUUCGUUCAUUAUUUUCACCCCUUCAAAAUAUAGUCCGGCCCCCCACAAGGUCUGAGGGACAGUGGACCGGCCCCCUGCUGAAAAAGUUUGCUGACCUCUGGCUCGGAGUGUCUAUGGUAGUGGUGCUCAAAGGGUGUGGCAGGAGAGGAUGGGAAGCAUAACAGGAAAAUCCAAUCAAUGUGUGUGUGUGUGUGUGUGUGUGUGUGUGUGUGUGUGUGUAUAGCACCUUAGAGACCAAUUAAGUUUGUUCUUGAUAUACGCUUUUGUGUGCAUGGUAUCUGAAGAAGUGUGCAUACACAUGAAAGCUUACACCAAGAACAAACUUAGUUGGUCUCUAAGGUGCUACUAGGGAUGCGGGUGGCGCUGUGGGUUAAACCACAGAGCUUAGGGCUUGCUGAUCAGAAGGUCGGCAGUUCGAAUCCCCGCGACGGGGUGAGCUCCCGUUGCUCGGUCCCUGCUCCUGCCAACCUAGCAGUUCGAAAGCACGUCCAAGUGCAAGUAGAUAAAUAGGUACCACUCCGGUGGGAAGGUAAACAGCGUUUCCGUGCGCUGCUCUGGUUCGCCAGAAGCGGCUUAGUCAUGCUGGCCACAUGACCCGGAAGCUGUACGCUGGCUCCCUCUGGCAGUAAAGCAAGAUGAGCGCCGCAACCCCAGAGCCGGUCACGACUGGUCCCUUUACCUUUUUAAGGUACUACUGGACAAUUUUUAUAUAUAUAUUUCGACUGCGUCAGACCAACACGGCUACCUACCUGAAUCUAGGAAAAUCCAGUGACAACCAAAGAAACAUUUAAGCAUUUCAGUGUUGUGCAGCAUAGAAUAGCAUUGAUUAUUAUUUAUAAAAUGCAGUUCUUCGCUUUCCAAUGGAACCAGGCAGGGUGGAUAAAAAUCAAUGUUUCUUUUUUUAAUAAAAAAAUCGGAUUUUUUUUUUAUUUAAAUCAGAUUUUUAAAAUAUUUUGGAGGAAAAAUCUUCCUAAAGAUAAUUUUCUAUUUAAGUUACAUUAUAGUCCAAAGGCUAUUCAUCAGGAAAUAAAGAUUUGUUUGAAGUUUUUCAUGUGUGCUAAAACUCAGUCUAAUUUUUUUUUAAAAUUGUUUAACCACAUCAAUUAACAAACAUGGAUACAUAUGCUAUAAUAUUAUUGUUUUAGUUAAAUAAGUUGUUUAAAUUGUUAUUAAGGAAAUGGUUGUUUUUCUCCUUCCAGUAAAGUACAGCAGAAAAGUUGUCCAAAUAUAAACAAUAAUUUCAUCAUUACCUGUCUUUGCAUUUCUAACAGUAUAACCAAAUCAGUAAUUUUUGAUAUAACCGUAAAAACUACUCUGAAAGUUUAUUAUUCCAAAAAACGAAACCUUCCUCUGGUUGUAAAUAUUAAGAUGAUGCCAGCAAGGUUGAACCUUUGUGUAAAAUAAAAUGAUUUAAAUCACGUCUUAGUGACUAGUGAUUUAAAUUGAUUUGAUUAAAAUCAAAUUCACCCUAGCAUCAGUUAGGUCAAAAAAGCCAAAUUGGCCCCAAGGGUCAUUGUUUGCAAUAAUUUGAGAUUGAGAUUUCAUCCCUCUCCUUUAGGACAGAGACGUUUGGAGGAAGCCUUGAAAAGGAGGAAACCUCAAGGCCAGCGCCCCAUGUCCUGGGUCUAUAAGGUGCGUACUUUCUGCCUCCCUCGAAGAAACACACAAAUAUUAGGGUCAUGGUCGUAAAAUCGGAAGUAAAUCGAGUUACGGCCAGUCCAGGGACAAAGAUGGCUGCCCCUCCUUCCUGGCAAAACAGGAAGUGUAAUUCUCUGCAGCACCACUUGAGCGUGCGAAGUUAGAUUUGAAUGGACAUCGGUGUGUCCUUCUUCCUGAAAUCUCCUGCCCCGCAAACUGCACAUCCACAACUGGGUCUCAAUGAUUAAAACAAGUUUCUGUUGUAAGGCGGACCUACCCAGUAGGGUGGUUCAUAAUUUAUUUAUUUUUUUAAAAAUGCCUGCUCCAAAGGUCUUAUCUUACUACACUAGGGAUUAUAUAGCUAAAUCUGAAAUUUCAUGCAUAUCAGUUAAUAUCUUGAUUCAACAAUUUCAAUCAUUCCUAAAAAAAAAGGUCACUUCAUCAAAUCUGACCCUCUUUGAAAAAAAUUGGGCACCCGUUUUAAACAUUGUGUCUUUUAUCUCAGUCCUGCUAGUGCCUUUAUACGUUUACAGUGAUGCUCUAAAUAUUGAAUAAAUUUACUCCAUUCUCUUUUAAACGUUUGGUUGCUCUGGUUUCGGAUCACUUUCGCCUGCCAUUUGUGGCAUUCCCAAAGCAGAGGAAGGAUUAGACUCUGAUUAAUAACACACAGAGGCUUGACCGGCAAGACUCUGGGAGGAGUGCGUAUAAUAAUAAUAAUUCCUGCCCACCCCUCGGCCCAGGUCGUUUUAUUCACAAAAGAACUUUUUACACAGUGUUCGUAGGAACCAAUCAGAUUUCCUCUGAGCAUUUCAAAAAUCCCACAUGGGGGAAAAGUUAGAUCAGAAGAAAUUCUUUUAACUACAAAGAAACUAUUUCCUACUUGAGCAUGCAUAGUAGACCAGAGUAAAUAAAAUAGGAAGCAAUGCUUUUAGGAAACCCACGCGGUAAAUGAGAGGAAGGAUGGCAAGGAGAUAGCGAUCUUUAUCACCUUCCUGUUAAUGCAGGAAUUUAUGUAUAGGUUGGGGGUGUUUGCCCCUCCAGCAGAUAUCCUGCACAUGCAGCCCACUACCGAAACCGGCACAAUUGCUUUUGUCACUUUUGUGAUUUGUCCCCACAAAACACUUCUUCAGAGUUUCUUCAAAGGGCCUUUGCUGCACGAUACCAAAUGUAAGAAUUCACUGAUCAAUGUAUCUAUGUACUGGCUCACUGGGAAAACUUCAGAAAUUCAUAUAGACAGGUGAGCUCAGCUCCUCAGAAGCCCCUCUGCCUGAGUGAUAAUUCCUGGCAUCCUGAUACCUGAGUGCCAGACAGGUAGCCAUUCCAGAAAUAACAAACCCAGAUGAAGACAAAAGGGUGGGAUGAACUUGGCUGGGAAACAGGGAAAUGGAAAUAUCUCUUUUGUUACACUUGAUGGGUGUUUGGUGGAGGGCAAGGAGAACCAUGGGGCAGGGUCCAGGAUGCUCAGAUUCCUGCCACCAGACCUCCCCUUUCAUGAUGUAACCGUGAUGUAGUUUGGGGGGGGGGUUAACAUGGGGAUUAGCAGCUAAUAAAAGUUUGGGUUCUUUUUUGUUCGGGGCUUCCAUCUUGUUCCACCUGGUGGCAGGUGGGAGUCCUGUCGCGACAGUCUUCAAUCAAGACCAAGCCGACUGGCUGCUGUUUUGCUCUGGUAUUCCUGGCUGGUGUCCUUGUUUUUUGUCCAAGGGAGCCCUCAGAUUUCUCCAUUAACACUGCGAAACUAUUUCCAGGCCCUAAAGAUUAACAAAACCAAGGAGGGGUACAUCAAAAGAAACUGCCUAUUAUCCUUAUGUACUGAGGAUGCCUUGAUGAAGAAACUGGUCUGUGUUUUUAGAAUGCUGAUAUGUUCCUGUCAGGCAGAGAAAGCAAAUUGCAGAAAUGGAGAGGUUUGUGGGAUUUGAUCAGAAAUUAUUGUCAAUGAAUCGAACCCAGUCAACGCCAUGCUUUCAUCGUGGACACAAAUGGCUUGAUGCAUAUUUUAUAAUUCCUCAUAGUAAUCCCAUCUGUUCCCCACACUCUGGACAUGGGCACUCCUACAUCAUCCUUUUUUAAAAAAUAAAUAAAUUAUUACUUUCCAACAAUUUGAACAUACAUAGAAAAAGAAAAUAAACAAUACAAUACAAUACAAAAACAAUACAAAAACAAUACCUAACACUAAACUAACAAAAACAAUUUAAACUAAGAAAACAAAGCAAAAACAAUUUAAACUAAGAAAACGAAACAAAAACAAUUUAAAACACAUCAAAUAAUUUCAAUCUUUCAUUCACUUGUUUCCAUGACCUCCUCACACCUCCCUUUUUGUAUUCCACUUCUAUUUAGUUGUUUCAGCAAUUCCUUUCCAUCUUCCUCUUCUUUCCAUCCUAUAAUCAUCUUAACACAUUUUAACCAUAUUUUUCCCUUUAAUUCUCUAUUGAUCUAUUUAUACUUAAUUCCUUAUAACAUUUCUACUGAAGCCAUAUAACUUCAUUCCAACAUUUUUCUAACAUUCAUUUCCACCGUUGGUAAUUCCCUUUCUUAUUUCUGACGUAGAUGUUCACCGGGACACGGAUCCCUGAGAGCGACGAAGCCCCCAGCCCAGCCCAGCCCUGCCCGACCCCCCGGGCCGACGCCGACGCCUCUCUCAAAUGCCUGAUCAGCGAGUGGGACCUGCGGAUCCGGGAGCGGCUGGGCGACGGCUGCUUUGGGGUUGUGCAUCGUGCCGAGUGGAGCACGCCCGGCGGGGGAGUGGUACGUUUUCACCCCCCUGACUCCGGUUCCUUUGCUUCUCUACCUGUUGGACAGCCGCCCUCUGGACCUGGGAUGUUCCCAGUUGCAUCUGAGCCGAGCCGUCGCUGCUGGGCUGUUUCGUUGUUUAUUUCAGGGGUGGGGGAACCUUUCAAGGGCCACAUCCCAUCUAUUGGGGGCCACUUUCAAGGAGUGGGUGGGGCCACAGCCCAAAGGGGGGGCCACUCUUUCCCCCCCUCUCUCUUUAUAUCCCACCCCUUUCUCUCUCCCUAUUGCUUUUCCUCUGGGCUUUUCUGCCCGCCACAAAAAAUGGACAGUUUAAGGUCGUCUAGCGUUACGUUUGGGACGCAGGUGGCUCUGUGGGUUAAACCACAGAGCCUAGGACUUGCUGAUCAGAAGGUUGCUGGUUUGAAUCCCCGUGACGGAGUGAGCUCCCGUUGCUCGGUCCCUGCUCCUGCCAACCUAGCAGUUCGAAAGCACGUCAAAGUGCAAGUAGAUAAAUAGGUACCGCUCCGGCGGGAAGGUGAACGGCGUUUCCGUGCGCUGCUCUGGUUCGCCAGAAGCGGCUUAGUCCUGCUGGCCACAUGACCCGGAAGCUGUACGCCGGCUCCCUCGGCCAGUAAAGCGAGAUGAGCUCCACAACCCCAGAGUCGGCCACGACUGGACCUAAUGGUCAGGGGCCCCUUUACCUUUACCUUUAGCAUUACAUUAUAUCCUGCCUUUCCUCCAGAGGAAACCCCAGGCAAGCCCAUUCCAUCCUCGCGACAACCCUGUUGGGCAGGGAUGCAUGAGAGGUUGCGAUUUGCCUGUGUGAGCUUCAUGGCUGAGUGGGGAUUUGAACCCAGGCCCAAGCCUGGCCAUGUUAAGCAUCAGAGAUGCCAGAUAGAAAGACCUUUGGCCUGACCCAACAUGGUCAGAAUCCUUCCUUUUCUACCCACCCAAUAGGUAAAGGUAAAGGGACCCCUGACCAUUAGGUCCAGUUGUGGCUGACUUUGGGGUUGCGGCGCUCAUCUCGCUUUACUGGCCAAGGGAGCCGGCGUCCAGCUUCCGGGUCAUGUGGCCAGCAUGGCUAAGCCGCUUCUGCCGAACCAGAGCAGCGCACGGAAAUGCUGUUUACCUUCCCACCGGAGUGGUACCUAUUGAUCUACUUGCACUUUGAGGUGCUUUCGAACUGCUAGGUGGGCAGGAGCAGGGACCGAGCAACGGGAGCUCACCCCGUCGCGGGGAUUCGAACCGCUGACCUUCUUAUCGGCAAGUCCUAGGCUCUGUGGUUUAACCCACAGCGCCACCCGCGUCCCCCACCCACCCAAUAGCUGUCAGUUAAUAGACGGCUUAGUGGAGCCUCCAGUUCUAGUAGCAGUCUACCGCGCAAUAUCAGACCCUGGUCAAAAAUGGCAGGAAAGAGCUCUGGGUGUCACAAAACCAUUGAUAGCAGCCUCUCCUCCUCUGUGAAUUUGCCAAAACCUCUUUUAAAGCCACCCGCGUUCCUGGCCGUUGCUGCCUCUUGUGGCGGGUAGUUCCACAGUUUAUGCUCAAAGAAGGACUUCCUUUUAUCCACCCUGAAUCUUUUCACUGGGCGUCCUAGGGUUACGAGGGAGGGAGGAAAACAUCCCCCUAUCCUCUUGCCAUGCAUAAUGCGGUAAAUUUCCACUCUGUCUCUUUUUGGUUGCCCUUUCCCAAACCCUUUCCAAACUCUAGUAUGUUGUUGCUGUUGUUAUAUUUAUUAAUGGUACCUUGGGUUCUCAAACUUGAUCCGUUCCGGAAGUCUGUUCCAAAACCAAAGCAUGUUCCAAAACCAAGGCGCGCUUUCCUACAGAAAGUAACACAAAAGGGAUUAAUCUGUUCCAGACUUUUAAAAACAACCCCUUAAAAAACAGCAAUUUAACAUGAAUUUUACUAUCUAACGAGAUCAUUGAUCCAUAAAAUGAACGCAAUAAUCAAUGUACUGUACUAUAAAAUAAAUAAGACAGUAUUGCAGAGGAUAAUUUUUUUUUUUCUUACCUGCACUGAUGAUAGUCAUUGUUAAAUGAGGUUUUUUUAAUCCAUUUCCGCAGUCACACAAUUAAUCAAUCAAUCAAUCAAUCAGAAGCUGAACUGUGUUCCACACAGUCACAAAAAACAAAUGAACCGAAAAAGCCUCAAAAACAAAAACGUAAAAUAAAUAGCAAAAACAAAAGUGCCAAACUUAACCCAGAAGUCCGUUCGACUUCUGAAACUUUCAAAAACCAAGGCGCGGCUUCUGAUUGGCGCAGGCGCCCCGGAAACGAUAGUGGACAGCCACAUCGGACAUUCAGCUUCCGAAUAACGUUCGAAAACCGGAACACUUCCUUCUGGGUUUUUGACAUUUGGGAACCAAGGUACCACUGUAUCACCUUUCAUCCGACGAUCACAGGGGUGGAUUAAAAUUCAAAAAAAUCCUCUUUCAGGCGAGGCGACCAGAACUCUACUGGUUUCUACUGGGCGAUUCUUUGAUCUGACCUCUUUUUCCCCUUCCCCAGAAACCCGUCGCCGUCAAAUCCCUGCGCUCCGACGUCUCCUGCGACCCGGGCGCCCUGAUCGAUUUCCUCAACGAGGUCAACGCCAUGUGCUGCCUGAACCACCCAAACCUUCUGCGCCUCCAUGGGGUGGUCCUAACUCAGCCCCUCAAAAUGGUAAAGAUUUCAGACUUCUUGUUGUUGUUGUUUAGUCGCUUAGUGGUGUCCGCCUCUUCGUGAUCCCCUGGACCAGAGCACGCCAGGCACUCCUGUCUUCCACUGCCUCCCGCAGUUUGGUCAAACUCAUGUUCAUAGCUUCGAGAACACUGUCCCACCAUCUUGUCCUCCGUCAUCCCCUUCUCCUUGUGCCCUCCAUCUUUCCCAACAUCAGGGUCUUUUCCAGGGAGUCUUCUCUUCUCAUGAGGUGGCCAAAGUCUUGGAGCCUCAGCUUCAGGAUCUGUCCUUCCAGUGAGCACUCAGGGCUGAUUUCCUUCAGAAUGGAGAGGUUUGAUCUUCUUGCAGUCCAUGGGACUCUCAAGAGUCUCCUCCAGCACCAGAAUUCAAAAGCAUCCAUUCUUCGGCGAUCAGCCUUCUUUAUGGUCCAGCUCUCACUUCCAUACAUCACUACUGGGAAAACCAGAGCUUUAACUAUACGGACCUUUGUUGGCAAGGUGAUGUCUCUGCUUUUUAAGAUGCCGUCUAGGUUUGUCAUUCAUAGACUUCAUAGCGACCUCCUUACCCCGCAAAGGUCGCAGGACUCCUGGGUCCUCUUUCUGGGUGCACAGAAUGUAGGGUGGUGCCCGGACUCUCUUAGGUUAUCUUGGAAGGUGGGUUUUUUUUUAAAGGGGGGGCUAAUAAGAGUCCAGAAUGACUUUUUGCGGCUGGAGGGAAUGCAUAAGGAAACGGAGUUUUCCCCUGCAUGUCCACUCUAGGAAAACAAGGAAUGUUGUACUUGACUGCUCCUUAUGUAUCACGUCCCACAGUUCCCGCGUUGCAGAGGGUUGGUCUAGAUGGCCGCUGGGGGGUCCCCUUCCAACGCGGUGGGCUCCUUUUGAUCCAGCCCUGCCUCUCUGCCUCCCCUCAGGUGACUGAGCUGGCCCCCCUGGGCGCCCUCUACGACCGUCUCCGGCCCCCCUUCCCUCUCCACCAGCUCUGGAGCUAUGCCCUGCAAGUCGCCCAAGGAAUGUCUUACCUCGAAUCCAAGCUCUUUGUCCACCGCGACCUGGCCGCUCGCAACAUCCUCCUGGCCUCCGAGGAGACGGUCAAGAUCGGCGACUUUGGGCUCAUGAGGCCGCUGUCCAGCAAGAGCGACCGCUACAUCAUGUCCGCGCACCGGCGCAUCCCUUUCGCCUGGUAGGAGUUUUUGAACCCACCCUGCAAUAUAUAUAUAUAUAUCCCCACCCUGGGGCAGGGGGAUCUGUGCCACGUUCCCACAACAGUUCUUUCUUUCCAAAAUUAAGAUUUGAAUAGAACGUUUUCAGAAUGCAAUUCGAACCCAGGUCCCAGUCCUGUGCUCUAACCACUGCACCGCUCUGCCUGCACUUUGCUACGGGGUUGUUCUGAUUGGCUCUCCCUCCCCUCCUCCGCCUCCUCAGGUGCGCCCCAGAGAGUUUGCGCAUGGGGGUCUUCACCAGUGCCUCCGACGUGUGGAUGUUCGGCGUCACCCUCUGGGAAAUGUUCUCCUACUGCGAAGAACCUUGGAUGGGAUAUUCCGGACGGCAGGUAAUAAUAAUAAUGGUUUUUGUUUAAGAACGGACUUCCGGAACGGAUUAAGUUUGUAAACCGAGGUAGCACUGUACUGUUUUUAGAAUUUUUUUAACUGUAAUUGUUUUCGGAAUAUUUUGAUUUGUUUUAAAAACGCUUUUGCUUUUCUGUGGUAUAUCUAUUUUCUGGUAAAUCUUUUCCCCCAAGCUCCUUAGGAAGGAAGGGUGAGAAAGGAAGGAAGGAAGGAAGGAAGGAAGGAAGGAAGGAAGGAAAGAAAGAAAGAAAGAAAGAAAGAAAGAAAGAAAGGAGGGAGGGAGGGAGGGAGGGAAAGAAAGAAAGAAAGAAAGAAAGAAGGAAGGAAGGAAGGAAGGAAGGGAAGGAAGGAAGGAAGGAAGGAAGGAAGGAAGGAAGGAAGGUAUUAUUUAUACCCCGCCAAUUGGCUUUUCCAUAGUUGCUGCAGUCCUGGAGAUCAUGGGUUUAUUUUCAUUUUUUUUAAAUUUUCACUAUAUAUUUUGUGUGUCUUAUAUUGUAAUUUUACGUCGUGAACCGCCCCGAGAUCGACAGAUUCAGGGCAGUAUACAAAUUUAAUACAUAACAACAACCUGGCGCUUUCCGGAUGUUUUGGACUACGAGUCCCAUCAUCCACUGCAAGCUCGGCCAGUGGAUGAUGGGUUCUGUAGUCUUUUCGGCAACCUUCCUUUUUCCAGCAAGCCUUUUAAGCAGAGGUCUUCAUCCCAGCUAACUGGGGGGGGGGGGCUUUGGGAGUUGUGGUCCAAAACGUAGGGAGGGCGCCAAGAUGGGGAAAGAACCGGCCUCCUUUAUUUUAUUUUUUAAAAUAUAAUUUUUAUUAAGUUUUCCAUAUUUUAUCACAUUUCAGUAUCAAAAAAUAACUUAAGACAUUGCUUAAAUAAAGCAUCGAUCUCCUUCCUUCCCACUAACAGACCUCCAUAUCUCAUUACCAAUUUCUCCACAUUCCUAAAUUCAGUUUUUUACCUUAAAUCAAUCUUUUAACAAGCACCUAAGGUAAAGGUAAAGGGAUCCCUGACCAUUAGGUCCAGUCGUGGCCGACUCUGGGGUUGUGGCGCUCAUCUCGCUUUAUUGGCCGAUGGAGCUGGCGUCCAGCUUCUGGGUCAUGUGGCCAGCAGGACUAAGCCGCUUCUGGCGAACCAGAGCAGCGCACGGAAAUGUCGUUUACCUUCCCGCCCAUUUAUCUACUUGCACUUUGACGUGCUUUCGAACUGCUAGGCUGGCAGGAGCAGGGACCGAGCAACGGGAGCUCACCCUGUCGCAGGGAUUUGAACCGUCGACCUUCUGAUCGGCAAGUCCUAGGCUCUGUGGUUUAACUCACAGCGCCACCCGCGUCCCAAACAAUCACCUACUUAUAAGUAAAUCAGCUCCUUAAUUUCCCAUUACCAAACAUUUCAACUUAAACCUACAAACGUAUUCAACUGUUUGUAGUUUUCUUUCAUAUAGCGUAUAAAUUUGCCCCGCCAGCUCCGUCAGCUCCACGUAUUUGACCAUCUUUACUUGCCAAUCUUCCAAUGUGGGGAGUUCUUGUUGCUUCCAUUUCUGGGCCAGGAGUAUUCUUGCGGCCGUUGUUGCACACAUUAACAAAUUUACAUCUUUCAUUUGGAUUUCCUCAAUUAACCCCAACGGGAAAGCGUCUGGUUUUUUGCUGAAAUUAUACUUGAAUAUCUUUUUCAAUUCAUUAUAUAUGAUAUCCCAAAAGGCUUUAAUCUUGGAACAUGUCCACCACAUAUGCAAGAAAUUCCCCUCCUUCUCCCUACAUUUCCAACCAAUUAUCCUGGUUUUUAUACAUUUUGGCAAGCUUGUUUGGUGUGAUGUACCAAUGUUACAUCAUCUUCAUUACGUUCUCUUUAAGAGCCAGACAUGCUGUAAAUUUACCGUAUUUUUCGCUCUAUAAGACGCACCAGACCACAAGACGCACCUAGUUUUUGGAGGAGGAAAACAAGAAAAAAAAUAUUCUGAAUCUCAGAAGCCGGAACAACAAGAGGGAUCGCCGCGCAGUGAAAGCAGCGAUCCUUCUUGCUGUUCUGGCUUCUGGGAUAGCUGCGCAGCCUGCAUUUGCUCCAUAACACACACACACAUUUCCCCUUACUUUUUAGGAGGGAAAAGGUGAGUCUUAUAGGGCAAAAAAUACGGUAAUUGUUUUUGUCCAUAAUUUUUCCCAUCUCUCAAAAUCAAUGUUAUGUCCCAGAUCCUGAGCCCAUCUUAUCAUAACACUUUUAACCUCCUCGUCAGAACCGGCCUCCUUUAACCCUCGAGAAACCGUGUCCCACCUUAACCUCAUUCUUCGCCAGUGACUCCCAGGCUUGUGUAGACAAUCAGGGUCAGGAGAUUAUUGUGACCCCAGAUGCCCUCUUGUGAUUCAAGUCUCAUUCAUCUGUGAACUUUUGCAAUAGAGCCUCGGGGAAGACCCAGUUUCUUUAACCACACACCCCGUCACGCGCGACAUAAGCAAUGUUAGGGUAAGUGCAAUGGCCUAAUUUACAGGGUGGGGUUUGAUUCUUUCUUUCCAUCGCCCUGAAAAAAGGAGGAGGAGGAAUAUAAACCGGCCACAGAAAUGGAACAAAAUUUGCACGUACGUUUUAGUUCUUUAUUGCCGUUCUAGAUCCCAGCAAUAAAAGAUAAUGGGAGAGGAUUUGCCCCAGCAAAUUAUUUGUCAAAAUUGUUGUUGUUUAGUCGUUUAUUUGUGUCCGCCUCUUCGUGACCCCCUGGACCAGAGCACGCCAGGCCCUCCUGUCUUCCACUGCCUCCCGCAAUUUGGUCAAACUCAUGCUGGUAGCUUCGAGAACACUGUCCCACCAUCUCGCCCUCCGUCGUCCCCUUCUCCUUGUGCCCUCCAUCUUUCCCAACAUCAGGGUCUUUUCCAGGGAGUCUUCUCUUCUCAUGAGGUGGCCAAAGUCUUGGAGCCUCAGCUUCAGGAUCUGUCCUUCCAGUGAGCACUCAGGGCUGAUUUCCUUCAGAAUGGAGAGGUUUGAUCUUCUUGCAGUCCAUGGGACUCUCAAGAGUCUCCUCCAGCACCAGAAUUCAAAAGCAUGACUUUGACCAAACUGCGGGAGGCAGUGGAAGACAGGAGUGCCUGGCGUGCUCUGGUCCAGGGGGUCACGAAGAGUCGGACACGACUAAACAACUAAACAACAACAACAAAACGACGACACCUAACUCCUUCUUGACAUGAGACAUCUGUCUAUGGAUCCUUCGCUGCCACCAUGAGUUAAAAGGGACCCCACACGGUCAUCUAGCCGAACCCCGUGCAACGCAGAAGGGUUCAAGUAUUCUGAGUGGCUCCCAGAUUUUCUUAACGGGAAUCUAACGUCCGAGGUUUUUAGUCGCCCGCACGAUGAAUCACCACAGCCUUUUUGCAACCCGGUCCCCGCCAGAUGUUUGGUGCUCCACCUCCUAUGAGCCAGCGCGCUGCCAGUUCUUAUUUUGACUGUUAGAAGAGAGAUAUGCGCUGCUGAAAGAUAACCGCUUCUGCAUUCAGUGAUGUGGACUGUGGCUCACAAAAGAUGCCGCUGCAACAAAUCUGCAGGCUUCGCGGCGUCACAAGACUCUGAGACCGUGCAUGUAGAGAAAUGCUGAUUUUUAUAAAUGUGUGCGACUGUAGCAAGACGGAGGUCCAAAUGUUUGUAUUUUUAAUUUUAAAGGGCAAGAAACAAGGCUGGUGGAUGAUCAUGAAAAUGUAGAUGGUUUGAAUGCAUCCCCAGAGAUUAAAAUCUAUAGUAUGCCCUAUAUCCAGUGGUUUUUUUUCUGGGGGGACGCAGUAGUACGCAUACCCCUAAACAUUUUGUGAAUCUUUGUACUUUUGUCCAUUGACAUUUCCCCUUUUUGAACUAUAAAAUGGUGAUUUUCUUGAGUUAAAAUGAGAGUACCCCUAAACAUUUUUUAGGGAAAAAGUCACUAGCUAUAUCUAUUGCCCAAUGUGUCAUACAGCCUUUGAGAAGCUCGUCUUUUGUUUCCCAAUCUUAUAACAGAUUGUACAUUUUAGAUAAAAGUUUUUUUCUUUAUAACUUGUUUUAGAGUUCUUUACGAUUUGACUGUGUGGUUUUUUUAUGUUUUUAUACCGUCGUUCCCUCUGUGAGAUGUGAGUAUUAUAAUUUUCUGCUUCCUGGCUAUGAAACAUAACUUUUGAGUGCUUUUAAUGGAAGUUUUACGUCUGGUGCAAAUGUAGAGAAACGGCGACCUAAAUGCUGUCGUUUUCCAUCCAUUCCUCCCCGACCAGAUCAUGAUGAAGAUUGACAGGGAAGGCCGGCGGUUGGAACGCCCCGACGACUGCCCCCGAGAAAUCCACGCCCUGGCGAUGAAAUGCUGGGCCCACAACCCCGAAGACAGACCCCGCUUCCGGGAGAUUGUCAGCCUUCUGCAAGAGGUGAGAGAAGGGAAACCGUCGGCAGCUGGGCUCACCUGGGUGCGAUUUUCUACCAUUAAAAAUGAGGCUUUAAUAAUAAUAAUUAUAAUAAUUUUUUAUUUAUACCCCGCCCUUCCCAGUUCAGAAGACCAGGCUCAGGGCGGCUAACAACAAAUUUAAAACACUUAAUUGAUGCAACAACAAAAACAGCAUAAAAUACAGUAUAAAACGUGAAUAACAAUAAAUUCAGAAUUCAAAAAUCAACUUCGGGGGGAAAUCCAUCCGAUAAACAUUAAAUGAUCACCAGGGCUAGCUGGCUGAAUUAGUCCUAUUUGGGCCAGUGAGGGGACCAGGGGAGAAUUAGCUGUGGGAUCCCAAUCUUCAUAAAAAGGGGAGGGGGAGGGGAGGAAGGGGAAUAAAAGAUCAGGCUGAAUUCAAAUUAAAGGCCAGGUGGAAUAGCUCUGUCUUACAGGCCCGACGGAAGGAAGUUAAAUCCUGCAGGGCCCUGGUCUCCUGGGACAGAGCAGUCCACCAGGUCGGAGCCACCACUGAGAAGGCCCUGGCCCUGGUGGAGAAUAAUCUGACUUCCUUAGGGCCUUCUAAACUAUGGUUACAGUGGUGCCUCGCAAGACGAAAUUAAUUCGUUCCGCGAGUUUUUUCGUCUAGCGAAUUUUUCGUCUUGCGAAGCACGAAAUCCCAUAGGAAUGCAUUGAAAUUCAAUUAAUGCGUUCCUAUGGUCAAAAAAAGUCCAAACAAAGCCAAAUUUGGUACAACAAGAGUUUAUUAAGUGCUCUUUAAAGUCACACAUACUGUAAAGAGCAUUUCAAAAAUUGAAGGAUCAAUAAAUUCAAAAAUUGAAGGAACAAUAAAAAUCAUAAAAAUGCAGAAAAAACCACACAAGCUUCCAGAUUCUUGCAAACCCCUCCUCAACUGUUCCCCCAGCCACCCACCACACAGAAAUUCAAAUCCAGAUUUUUUUAAAAAAACAGCAGAGUGGCCCAAUGGUCACAGAAAAUCAUAAAAAUGCAGAAAAAAACACACAAGCUUCCAGAUUCUUGCAAACCCCUCCCCAACACCAAGUCCUUGAAUUCCAAACACCCCAACCCAAAAUCCAAAACCCCCCCAAAAAGUUUUAAAAGUUUAACUUACCAAAUGGCUGCAAAAGAAGUUUUGGAAAAGCUUCAAAAAUCACCAAAGUCUUCAAAAACCUCAAAAGGCUACCACACCGUAGUUCUCUGAGUUGCGCCUCGAAGUCAAGUCGCAACUGUAUUAACGGUGUUAAGAAAAGGAAACAAACUUGCAAGACGUUUUCGUUUUUCGUCUUGCGAAGCAAGCCCAUAGGGAAAUUUGUCUUGCGAAGCAGCUCAAAAAACGCAAAACCCUUUCGUCUAGCGAGUUUUUCGUCUUGCGAGGCAUUCGUCUUGCGGGGCACCACUGUAUUAUUCAUGGGCCUUAAGGUCCUCUGUGGGGCAGACCAGGAGAGGCGGCCCUGUAAAUACAAGGGCCCUAAGCCACAAAGGGCUUUAAAGGUCAAAACCAGCACCUUGAACCUGACCCUGUACUCCACUGGGAGCCAGUGCAGCUGGAAAAGCACUGGGUGAAUAUGCUCCCAUGGCAGGGACCCCGUAAGGAGCCUUGCUGCAGCAUUCUGCACCCGCUGGAGUUUCUGGGUCAGCUUCAAGGGCAGCCCCGCGUAGAGAGAAUUGCAGUAGUCAAGCCUGGAGGUGACCGUCCCAUGGGUCCCAAAAUGGGCAACAGCCCCCCCUGGGGCCAUGGAAUUACCUGGCUGGGGGGGCGCUAAGAGGCAUGGGGGUGGCGGGGGGCAGAGCAUCUGAAUCUCAGGGUUGUGGGUUCGAGUCCUGUGCUUGGCAAAAGAUCCCUGCAUUGCUGGGGGUUAGGCUAGAUAACCCUCAGGGUCCCCUGGGCAUCGUCUCCACCAUCCUGUCUCCCCCUCCAACGCAGCUCCGUCCCAAGGAAGUGAAGGCAUCCCAGGAUCUGAACGAACCCGGCUGGCUGCGUCUGGAGGCAAACGAUGGCAUCACGGUGAUCGAAGGCAGGUGAGUCCAGGACGCCUGGGUCCCCUUUGGAAGCAAUUCCCUCCUUGGGUCAUGACCUGGCUUUCGUGUUGAUUUUUCAAGUAUCUAGUCCUCAGUCUGUACCUCCCUCUGGCAGUUAUCUCCCUUCAUUGACCCUUUCGUUCUCUAUAUAAGCUUUAUUGCUAUUGGCUUCUCCCUCCCUCCCUUCCUUCUCCCCAUCUCUCCCUUUCUUUCUUUCUUUCUUUCUUUCUCUCUCUCUUUCUCUCCAUCCAUCAAGAGAGGCUAUUACGUUUGACGUUUAAUGUUUGAUGUUCAAUCGUGUUUUUAAUAUUCUGUUGGGAGCCACCCAGAGUGGCUGGAGAAACCCAGCCAAAUGGGCGGGGUAUAAAUAAAUAAAUAAAUAAAUAAAUAAAUAAAUAAAGUAAUAAUACCCCCCCCCCACCUGGCUGAGUUUCCCCAGACACUCUGGGCAGUUCCCAAUCUAAUAUUAAAAACACAAAACAACAUUAUUAUUAUUAUUAUUAUUAUUAUUAUUAUUAUUAUUACACACAGCCUGGAUAAAGUGGGCAGAGAAAUAUUUUUCUCCCUCUCUUGUGAACCUGAAUGUUGGGGUGCUGGAGGAGCGCAGUUGGUCGAGCGUGAGACUCCUAAUCUCAGGGUCGUGGGUUCGAGCUUCAUGUUGGGCAAAAAGAUUCCAAAAUUGCCGAGGAAUUUUGAACCCCGAGGAUGGGGUGACAAGGACUUUUAAAACUUUCCCACCAUAUCCCAGAAUACAGUUCGUACAGCAUCAUUGAUACAUCACUGACCUGUCACCAAAGGGGAGGGGUAGACAGGGGUUACACUAGUUUAACCUUGGCAAACAUGUCCAGACAAGUCCUUGGUCCAAGAGUAGCAGAAGCAGACAUGUCAGGGCAAGACCCAGGUAUAAGAUGAGCAGAGGCAAACACCUCUGAAGUCCCACCACCCAAAGUCCAAGAGAACUUCCUUUGCAUGUCUGGACCCCUUGGCAAGUCCGGUGAUGGGAUUAGGCUUUCCUUGGCCAACAAUCAGCUCAGCAAUUGUCACCUCUGGGAACUUCCUGGGGUCCCUUUCAAGGGGGAAAUAGCUUUGGAAUGGAGGAAAGUGGCAAAGGAGUUGAUUUUAUAUUAUUUUAUAUUUAUAUUAGUACGUUUCCAAGCACAAUUCAAAGUGUUGGUGCUGACCUUUAAAGCCCUAAACGGCCUCAAAGGCCCAGUAUACCUGAAGGAGCGUCUCCACCCCCAUCGUUCUGCCCGGACACUGAGGUCCAGCUCCGAGGGCCUUCUGGCGGUUCCCUCAUUGCGAGAAGUGAGGUUACAGGGAACCAGGCAGAGGGCCUUCUUGGUGGUGGCGCCCUCCCUGUGGAACGCCCUCCCACCAGAUGUCAAAGAGAACAACAACUACCAAACUUUUAGAAGACACCUAAAGGCAGCCCUGUUUAGGGAAGCUUUUAAUGUUUAAUAGGUCAUUGAAUUUUAGUGUUUUGCGCCAGAGUAGCUGGGGAAACCCAGCCAGAUGGGCGGAGUAUAAAUAACAAAUUAUUAUUAUUAUUAUUAUUAUUAUUAUUAUUAUUAAAGCUAGGUAACUUCCCUGAGCUGUCAAGUUGAAAGGAUACAUUCAGGCAUAAUAUUUGUAACAUUUAACAACUUUAAAGAUGUGGGGCCCCCCCAUAAUUUCCGUAACACUGGAAACUGCAGGAGAGGAGAGUGGCUCUUGAGUUCAAAUCCUGCUUGCAGAUUUCCCAUUUGGGCACCUGGUUGGCCACUGUGAGAAAAGGAGACGAGGUUCGGUGGGCCAUUGGCCUGAUUCUGUGGACUCCUGUUCUGCAGUGGUUGGUGAAGCAUCAGGUGGGGCAGGGAUUGAUCUCUCUGACCCACACCCUCUCUCUCUUCCAGCCCCGAUUCCUCGACGUGGCGAGGCCAGAACAGGCGGACCCUGAGGGUGGGGAUCUUCCCGUCGUCCAUAGCAAAGCCGGAGGACGAAGCGCCCCCUGCUGGCACGCCGCAGAUCAGCCUCCCCAUCCGAAGCUCCUUCGUGCACCUAGGUCACGGGGACAUCGACCCCGAGCGCGGAUGGGGGGCUCCGGACCGGAUAGAGGAGUACGUCGUCGUGAUGAGGGGGGUGGGAAUGGGGAAGGGUCUUCUCUAGCGUGAGGUUACCAGACGUCCCCGUUUCCCGGGGACAGUCCCCAGAUUUACAAAAUAGUCCCCUGACAAAUGGGGACGCGGGUGGCGCUGUGGGUUAAACCACAGAGCCUAGGACUUGCUGAUCAGAAGGUUGGCGGUUCGAAUCCCCGCAAUGAUGGGGUGAGCUCCCGUUGCUCAGUCCCUGCUCCUGCCAACCUAGCAGUUCGAAAGCACGUCAAAGUGCAAGUAGAUCAAUAGGUACCGCUCUGCCGGGAAGGUAAACGGCGUUUCCGUGUGCUGCUCUGGUUCGCCAGAAGCGGCUUAGUCAUGCUGGCCACAUGACCUGGAAGCUGUACGCCGGCUCCCUCGGCCAAUAAAGCGAGAUGAGCGCCACAACCCCAAAGUCAGUCACGACUGGACCUAAUGAUCAGGGGUCCCUUUACUUUUACCUUUACCCCUGACAAAAUCCAUUGAAAUUGAAAAGUGUCCCCGGAUUCAUUGAAAAAAAUCUGGUAACCUUACUCUAGCGCACAUGUGUGCAUGCAUGUAAAAAGGUCAAGGACCCCAUGGUGGUUAAGUCCAGUCAAAGGCGACUCUGGGGUUGCGGCGCUCAUCUCGCUUUCAGGCCAAGGGAGCCGGCGUUUGUCUGCAGACAGUUUUCUGGGUCAUGUGGCCAGCAGGACUAAACCGCUUCUGGCACAAUGGAACACUGUGACGGAAACCAGAGCGCAUGGAAAUGCUAUUUACCUUCCUAUUUACCUACCGUAUUUUUUGCUCCAUAAGACGUACCCGACCACAAGAUGCACCUAACGGUUUUCCAGUCUAUAAGACGCACCGGACCAUAAGACGCACCUAGUUUUUGGAGGAGGAAAACAAGAAAAAAAAUAUUCUGAAUUCCAGAAGCCAGAACAGCAAGAGGGAUCGCUGCGCAGCGAAAGCAGCAAUCCCUCUUGCUCUUCUGGCUUCUGGGAUAGCUGCACAGCCUGCAUUCGCUCCAUAAGACGCACACACAUUUCUCCUUACUUUUUAGGAGGGGAAAAGUGUGUCUUAUAGAGCGAAAAAUACGGUACUUGCACUGGUGUGCUUUCGAACUGCUAGGUAGGCAGGAGCUGGGACCGAGCAACGGGAGCUCACCCCAUCAUUGCGGGGAUUCGAACCGCCGACCUUCUGAUCAGCAAGCCCUAGGCUCAGUGGUUUAGACCACAGCGCCACCCGCACAUACACAGAGGGAGUCAUUCACAGGGACCCUGCAGGGACAUGCGCUGCCCCCUGGUGGUCGCGGGUGAGACUGGCCCCAACCGCCUUCGACUGCAUUGCGACGCAGUUUGCAAGGAAUAAAAGCAGCAAUUAAUGGGCAAUUGAAACCAAUAAGCUCCUGGCAACAAUGUUUCUAGAAAGGGAAAUGUUCUGAGCUGCUUUGGCAGGAAGAUGAGGCUCUAAAAGUUGCAGGUGGAGGGGUGCAAAUGGAUCGGCGGCUCAGGAUUUCGCGUUUGCCGGAAGGCCGGCUGGGGGAGUAGCUAUUAGUAAAGCCGUGCAAUUAUUAUCAUCAUUGUUUCAAAUAUAUGUAAUUAGAGGCUUGUUUGUUUUCUACCCUAGGAAGAAACCGAAAGCGCGGGUGGUUAACUCCAAUCCCCAGAAUCGAGCUGGAGGCAAGCAGCUGUUGCAGUUGGCUCGUGAGUGUCUGCUUCAUCUGCCUCUAAUAUAAUAAUAAUAAUAAUAAUAAUAAUAAUGUGUUCCAAUAACUUAAGUCACUCUGACAGAAGUUGUUGGAGCACCAUUCAAAUGGCAAUGCCCAUUAUCUUGAGGGGGGCCCUCAAAUAUUUUAUUGGGGGGAGCGACGACGCCUCGGCCCUUAGGCAUCGGCUUCUAUUCCAGAAACCACCCUUGCAAGAUUUGCCACUCAAAGUAGGGAACAAACAAAAUAGGGAGCAUUCAAUAGUUAAUCAUUGAUCUAUUUAGGAAUGUUCCAGCAGAAUAUUCCCACGUUAGGGCUGGUUUUCCUGGACGUAUCCAGGAUCCAGAAAUAGCUCAACAACUUUUCCACUUCUUUGAAAUACAGCAAUCCUUGUUGUUCAGUCGUUUAGUUGUGUCCGCCUCUUCGUGGCCCUCUGGACCAGAGCACGCCAGGCACUCCUGCCUUCCACUGCCUCCCGCAAUUUGGUCAAACUCAUGUUAGUCGCUUCGAGAACACUGUCCCACCAUCUCGUCCUCCGUCGUCCCCUUCUCCCUGUGCCCUCCAUCUUUCCCAACAUCAGGGUCUUUUCCAGGGAGUCUUCUCUUCUCAUGAGGUGGCCAAAGUCUUGGAGUCUCAGCUUCAGGAUCUGUCCUUCCAGUGAGCACUCAGGGCUGAUUUCCUUCAGAAUGGAGAGGUUGGAUCUUAUCCCAUGUCAAAGCUUCAUUAAAUCCGCUUCUCAUUUCAGCGUGAAUUAAACCAAGUAUACUUAACAAUAGAACCCAGCAGUCCUGGCCCUGGGCUCAGUGACGGAUUUAGGUAUAAGCUAAACAAACUAUAGCUUAGGGCCCCACUCUCUUGGGGGCCCCCCAAAAAUUUAAAGGGAAAAAACCUAGAUGUACAUUUCCAAAAUAUAAGAUAAAAAACAAAUCAUAUAAAACCUACCUACAGCAACAGUGUUUUGUGUUGUGUAGGCUCCUGUGAUGUAAGUAAUGGGCCCCGCCUGCUCCCUAAAAUAUGCCUGGUUUGCUCCUUUCUAUAUAUAGGGUGCCUACAUUCUGCAUGGACUGGUUGCAGGGCAACAUGCGCAAAUGGCUUGAGAUACCAUUAUGAGGUCCAUAAAUGACCAUAGAGAAUAUAUUCAACCCAAAAAACCCAGCGGCAAUUUGUUGUUGAUGAAGGACAGCUGGACAUAGAAAGGGCUCCAUUACCUUCAGUAGCUUAGGGCCUCAUCAAACCUAAAUCCGGCCCUGGCUUACUUCCCGAUUGAAGUGAGACUGAAUUGAGAAAUAAGACUAAGAGCACAUAUUGAUAUAGGAAUGUAUUAGAUAAAAUGUAAAGAAAUGUACAAUAAUAAGAUUACAUUCAUUUGUAUAAAAAAAAGAAUAUACAACAGGAUAGACAGAAAGUCUAGUGUGUUGGUAUGUACACUGGUACCUCGGGUUAAGUACUUAAUUUGUUCUGGAGGUCCAUUCUUAACCUGAAACUGUUCUUAACCUGAAGCACCACUUUAGCUAAUGGGGCCUCCUGCUGCUGCCGCGCGAUUUCUGUUCUCAUCCUGAAGCAAAGUUCGUAACCCGAGGUACUAUUUCUGGGUUAGCGGAGUCUGUAACCUGAAGCGUAUGUAACCUGAAGCGUCUGUAACCCGAGGUACCACUGUAUAUGAUUUGGGGGGGGGGAUUUCUUUUUGUUUUUUUUCUCUUCGUUCUUCCUUUUUCUUUUUGUUUCAUUUUCUUUCUAGGUAUAUAAAAUUUGUAGAUAAUUUUUGUAUACAUGUUUGGAAAUUAUAUUACAGUCCUGUGAUGUUUACCAAUGUAAUAUAAGAAUGUUAACAAAUAAAUAAAAUGCAAAUUCAAAAUAAAUAAAUCCCGAUUCUCUCCAAAAAAUAUGCAACGUCACCUUUCUCUCACCCCUGCUUCUUUCUGGUCUUCCUUCCAGGUCUCUCCAAGAGCUUGGAGUCUCUUUCGGACUUCAGCGUUCUGCGCACAAAAACCCGGCUGCCGGCCUUCAAACCGGACCCUCCUAACGUCCCUCCACAACAGCGCCGUUUCAGCGAUCUGCCAGGACCUCCGGCGCAGCAGCUGGAGCCACGGGGUCGGAAGCCUUUGUCCCGCCUGCCCAAUCCGGCCCUGCCCUCCUGGGCCCUGCCCAAGCCUGACGGCCCUCCUCCGGGGGCCAGGGAGAAGGAGCAACGGCCGCCAAGACCCCCACCCCCCAAAGGGGCGCCGCCCCCAGCCCCUUCUGGCGGGCAGAGGCCAACCCUGGCGGAGAUUGAGAAGAAGAUCAAGGAGGUGAGGGCACGGAUUUGACCAAACGAUGCCAAAGACAGCAGCAGGGAGUACUAGAAAUGUAAUAAUAAUAAUAAUAAUAAUAAUAAUAAUUUAUUAUUCAUACCCCGCCCAUCUGGCUGGGUUUCCCCAGCCACGCUGGGCAGCUUCCACAAAGACCAAAAAUACACUAAGGUGUCACACAUUAAAAACUUCCCUGAAGAGGGCUGCCUUCAGAUGUCUUCUGAAUGUCAGGUAGUUGUUUUUCUCUUUGACAUCUGAUGGGAGGGCGUUCCACAGGGCGGGUGCCACCACAGAGAAGGCCCUCUGCCUGGUUCCCUGUAGCUUUGCUUCUCGCAAUGAGGGAACCGCCAGAAGGCCCUUGGCACUGGACCUCAGCGUCCGGGCAGAGCGAUGGGGGUGGAGACGCUCCUUCAGGUACUGGGCCUUUGUGGCUGUUUGGGGAUUUCAAGGUCAGCACCAACACUUUGAAUUGUGCUUGGAAACGUACUGGGAGCCAAUGGAGGUCUUUCAGGACCUGUGUUAUGUGGUCUUGACAGCUGCUCCCAGUCCCCAGUCUGGCUGCCGCAUUCUGGAUUAGUUGCAGUUUCCGGGUCACCUUCAAAGUCAGCCCCACGUAGAGCGCAUUGCAGUAGUCCAAGCGGGAGAUAAGCAGAGCAUGCACCACUCUAGCGAGACAGUCUGCGGGCAGAUAGGGUCUCAUCCUGGUACCAGAUGGAGCUGGUAGACAGCUGCCCUGGACACAGAACUGACCUGCGCCUCCAUGGACAGCGGUGAGUCCAGAAUGACUCCCAGGCUGCGCACCUGGUCCUUCAGGGGCACAGUUGCCCCAUUCAGGACCAGGGAGUCCUCCACACCUGCCCGCCUCCUGUACUUCUGUCUUGCCAGGAUUCAACCUCAAUCCAUUAGCCACCAUCCAUCCUCCAACCGCCUCCAGGCACUCACACUGGACCUUCACCGCCUUCACUGGUUCUGAUUUGAAAGAGAGGUAGAGCUGUAGAGUUUAUAAGGGUCCCCGAGGGUCAUCCAGUCUAACCCCCCUGCAAUGCAGGAAUCUUUUGCCCAGUGCGGCACUCGAACCCAGGACCCUGAGGUUAAGAGGACUGUACUUGACGGAAUGAGCUGUCCCCGGAAGGGGGAGAGAAUGUCAUCACUAUUCGAAUGGCAAAGCAAACUCUGCGAGUUUGUAGAAAUGGCAAAAUGGGUGGCAAUUAUUAGAGGCCGCUCGAAUCAGAGACUAAUUAGAGAGUGGGAUGGAGUGAAAAAAUACGGUUCCGGAAUUGAAAUAUUGAUAGAGAAUGUGUAAAACGUGCAGGGGUAAGCAAGGAAAUAAUAACAGAAUCAAUUGAAUAAUUAUUAAAUUGUAACAACACAACAAGAUGGAAGAAGUAAAAUAUUGGGAUCACACAUGGGUGAAAGGGAGUGGGGGGUAUAUGGGAACCUAGAAUAUCAUUUAUAAUAUAAUUUGUUUAUUGCGUUGUAUUUACAUAUAGCAAAGGGAAGCCUAGAGCAAUUAGAUAUAUUUUAAUUUAGGUAAUCUAUGUAAUAGGCUUAUGUUAGAAAAUGAAUAUGGAUUUUGAAUUUGAUGUUUGUAAAUUUUUUUGGAAUUUUGAAAUAAAUUUUUAAGCACUUAAGAGUGCUUUCGAACUGCUAGGUGGGCAGAAGCUGGGACCGAAAGACGGGAGCUCACCCCGCCGCGGGGAUUCGAACCGCUGACCAUACGAUCGGCAAGUCCUAGGCACUGAGGUUUUACCCACAGCGCCAUCCGCGUCUCUCAAUAGGUAAAUAGAUAAAUAGGUACCGCUAGGUAAACAGCGUUUCCGUGUGCUGCGCUGGCUCGCCAGAACAGCUUCGUCACGCUGGCCACGUGACCUGGAAGUGUCUUCGGACGGCACCGGCUCACGGCCUCUAGUGCGAGAUGAGCACGCAACCCUAGAGUCGGACACGACUGGCCUGUACGGGCAGGGGUACCUUUACCUUUACCUUUACUAGGAGCCCCCCAUGGAUCAUAGGAAAGAGUAAUAGAAUUCUAUGCAUGGAAUCGCGGAAUCACAGCGCUGGGACCCCCAAAGGUCAUCCAGCCCAACCCCUUGCAGGAACCAAUAACGGGUGGGGCAAUGAUUGGACCACCGGAUAGCUCAGUUGCUUAGAGCAUGCUGCUGAUAACGCCAAGGUUGCAGGUUCAAUCACCAUAUGGGACAGCUCAAUAUUCCUCCGUUACUGGGGGGGUUGGACUAGAUGAUCCUCAGGGUCCCCUCCAAGUGCUACAAGUCUAUGAUUCGAAUCUUUUUCCCUCCCUGAUGCCUUGCUCACCCCCGAUUGCAGGGGUGGAGGUUGCCCUGGGAAUAUUUUGCCUUUGACUCUGGCUGUUUGCCUCCCCAGGUAGAAGACAAGGUCCACGGCACCACGACGGAGGAAUGCCACGAGGCCUUGAGGGCGAGCGGCUGGGAUGUUCAGAAAGCCAGCCAGUUGCUAAAGGUGAGAGGCCCGGUUCUCCAGCGGCGCCCUGGCCUCCGUUCCACGGAGAGACGGGGCUCUCGCUCGGCCUUCCCCAAAUAUUCCCCAUCAGACCCUGGCAGGCACAGCUGAUGUAACACGAGAACUGGGUGUUGCGUUCGGAAGCAAGGAAGGAUUGGACUCUGAUUAAUAAAACACACGCGAGGCUUGACCAGCAAGACUCUGGGAGGAGUGCGUAUAAUACCGUAUUUUUUGCUCUAUAAGAUGCACCAGACCAUAAGACGCACCUAGUUUUUGGAGGAGGAAAACAAGAAAAAAAAUAUUCUGAAUCUCAGAAGCCAGAACAGCAAGAGGGAUCGCUGCGCAGUGAAAGCAGCAAUCCCUCUUCCUAUUCUGGCUUCUGGGAUAGCUGCGCAGCCUGCAUUCGCUCCAUAAGACGCACACACAUUUCCCCUUACUUUUUAGGAGGGGAAAAGUGAGUCUUAUAGAGCAAAAAAUACAGCAAUUCCCUCUCCACCCCUUGGCCCAGGUCGUUUUAUUCACAAAAGAACUUUUUACACAGUGUUCGUAAGAACCAAUCAGAUUUUCUCUGAGCAUUUCAAAAACCCCAUGUGGGACAAAGUUAGAUCAGAAGAAAUCCUGUUAACUACAAAGACUACUAUUUCCUACUUGAGCAUGCAUAUGUUGUUGUUGUUGAGUAGUUUAGUUGUGUCCGCCUCUUCGUGACCCCCUGGACCAGAGCACGCCAGGCACUCCUGUCUUCCACUGCCUCCCGCAGUUUGGUCAGACUCAUGCUGGUAGCUUCGAGAACACUGUCCCACCAUCUCGUCCUCCGUCGUCCCCUUCUCCUUGUGCCCUCCAUCUUUCCCAACAUCAAGGUCUUUUCCAGGGAGUCUUCUCUUCUCAUGAGGUUGCCAAAGUCUUGGAGCCUAAGCUUUAGGAUCUGUCCUUCCAGUGAGCACUCAGGGCUGAUUUCCUUCAGAAUGGAGAGGUUGGAUCUUCUUGCAGUCCAUGGGACUCUCCAGAGUCUCCUCCAGCACCAGAAUUCAAAAGCAUCAGUUCUUCGGCAAUCAGCCUUCUUUAUGGUCCAGCUCUCAUUUCCAUACAUCAUUAUGAACAGCUCUUACUAUCAGAAAAUUCUUCCUGCUCUUGAGUCACAAUCUCCUUUCUUGUUCCUUCUAUUAUUCAUUCCUUCUACUGUUCGUUUAUUUAUUUUGUGAAAUUUAUAUGCUGCUUGAUUGUAGAGAAAAGGAUAGAAGAACCAAAGUGAUCACUAAGGGAAAUCAAGAGCACCAUUGUAAGACUGUUGGAAGGUUAAAAGUAACAAUAGGCUAAAAAAAUAUUAAAACUUUCUAAGCAUCUAAGCUUUCUUGAACCAAAAAUGUUUUUAGCAGGUGCCGAAAGAGCACAUCCAAGGCGCUUGCCUGGUGUCAACAGGCGGGAGUUCCAAAGUUGUGCACUAUAAUGACGAUUUCUUGCAAAUGUGGAACGGAUAUUUCAUAGAACUGUAGGACACCAAAGGUCAUCCAGUCCAACCCCCUGCCAUGCAAGAAAAUCCUGCUCACAGCCAUCCCUGGGUGGGUUCGAACCACCAACCUUCUGCUUAGCAGACCAAUGUGCCAACCCCUUGCGCCGAGUGUCAGUUCUGCAGAUCAGAAGCGGCCCAAUGGACACGUGUGGCGACCUCUUAUAGCUGCCCCCAGAAACCCUUUCCUGUCUCGGGUCCCUCUGACGCGGUCUCCUUCUGUUCCGCAGGUGAACCAGCUCUUCCACCUGAGCUCUCACUCCCGGGAAGAGUGCCGGUGGAUCCUGGAGAAACACCGCUGGAACCUGGCCAUGGCCUCACGCUAUGUGCUCAGCAGGGGCCUGCGGACCUGA